GGACAGCAGCGCUGCGCCCCGUGCGCCUCUCCAGCCCUCUGUCCGGCUGAAUGGCCAGGAGGAGGAGGAGGAGGAGGCUUCGAGCCCUUCCUCCUCCUCCUCCUCCUCCUCCUCUCCCCCUUGGCCGCGUCCCGGCCGGCUCACAUGACCCCCGCGAGGCCCCUAAUCCCGUCUGCCCGGGCCGGGGCGUCCAGUGCAGGAUGCGCGGCGGCGGCGGCGGCUGCAGCGCGCCGAGGAGCAGCCGGCCCGGCUGGGCGCUCUUGCUGCUGGCGGGCGCCUCUGCCCAGCCGCUCCCCCCGGACCCAGAAAAUAAAACCCAGUGUGUUCUUUCUGCCGCGUCGGAAUUCCCAGAAGGAUUUUUUACACAGCAGGAGCGAGAAGACGGAGGCAUCAUUAUCUAUUUCAUAAUCAUCCUUUAUAUGUUUCUGGCUGUCUCCAUUGUGUGCGAUGAUUAUUUCCUACCUUCCCUGGAGAUUAUCAGCGAUUCUCUUGGCCUCUCCCAAGACGUCGCAGGCGCCACCUUCAUGGCAGCCGGGAGCUCUGCGCCCGAACUCGUCACAGCGUUUCUAGGGGUGUUCGUCACGAAAGGAGACAUUGGGGUCAGCACCAUCCUCGGGUCUGCGAUUUACAACCUCCUCGCAAUCUGCGCUGCUUGUGGGCUCCUGUCGAGCGUGGUUUCAAGGAUUUCUUGUUGGCCGCUGUUUCGAGACUGUUUGGCGUACACAAUCAGCGCAGCGGCCGUUCUUGGGAUGAUAAUCGACAACAAAGUUUACUGGUACGAAUGCGCUUCGCUGCUGCUGAUCUACGGGGUGUACAUUUUGGUGCUCUGUUUCGACAUUAAAAUCAGCCAGUACGUCAUGAAGAAGUUCAGUCCCUGCUGCAACUGCUUUGAAGCAAACGGGGACGAGGCAGAACAGCAGCCGCUGACCGGAUGGAAGGAGACCGGGCCCCUCAUUCGUCGGCAGUCGAGAGCGGACAGCGGCAUUUUCCAGGACGAGUCUGAUUAUUCUCAACUUUCGAUGAGCUUCCAUGGACUAGAGACCAUUAUUGAAGACCCUCCGAACGUCUUCACCGUGCCCGAGGCAGACCUGAAAAGGGUCCUUUGGGUGCUCUCGCUGCCUAUUCUUCUCCUGCUCUACUUGACAACCCCUGACUGCAGGAGGAGAUUUUGGAAGAACUGGUUCAUGCUCACGUUCCUCAUGGCAGCGCUGUGGAUCGCCGCGUUCACGUAUAUUCUUGUGUGGAUGGUAACCAUCGUGGGGGAAACUUUGAAAAUCCCAGAAACCGUAAUGGGUCUGACAUUACUAGCAGCAGGAACGAGCAUCCCAGACACAGUCGCAAGCGUCCUGGUGGCCAGGAAAGGAAGAGGAGACAUGGCCAUGUCAAACAUCGUCGGGUCCAAUGUAUUCGAUCUGCUGUGUUUAGGAUUGCCUUGGUUCAUCAAGACAGCCUUCGUCGAUACGUCCGGUCCCGUGGAGGUGAACAGCAGCGGCCUGACGUACACUGCCAUUUCUCUCGUCUGCUCCAUCGCUUUCAUUUUCCUGGCGGUUCACCUGAAUGGCUGGAAGCUGAACAGAAAACUAGGGGCCGUCUGCCUCGUGAUGUACUUGGGAUUCGCGGUAUUAUCGAUUCUGUACGAACUCGGCAUUAUCGGAAACAAUCCCAUCAGUGUCUGCGGUGACUGAAGUUUGCUUGUUGGUUGCUUUUAAUACGAGCGAUGUAAAAAAAAAUCAAAUAAAACGUGCGCAGCAAAAAGGAA